AUGCAGGGGAGUUACCUUAAGAAGGGGCUGCACGCUAAUGUGCAGGCAAAGUUGUACAGCAGCCUCAGCUCUGGGCUUUUGAGCAGAGGAAAAAGGGAAGUUACCCAUCCCAUACAGAGAAACCAUGGAAGAAGUACAGACUUGGCAAAACUGACACAAAGGAACACAUAUAACACAUACAAAAAUAGGGUUUUCAAUCCAGGCAUGUACAAUAAUGUUCCGCCAAAUUAUAUGAACAUGCAAAUGAAUAGUCAUGAAAAUAAUGUCAAUAGCACGCAAAACGGGAUGAGUUUAAAUUACGAAAAUCAGUCGAACAGAUAUUACCCUUUGAAGUACAACUAUGGUGUAAAUGCCGAAGGUGUGGACAACAACGCGGCCACGUCCACUUCCUCUUCAGCCACUGCAAACACAACAUACCAAUACUUUAGUAUUUUUGGCAACUCAGCCAUGUGCCUAAUCAAGCCAAUAUAUCCUGACUAUAUCGUUAAUAAAAAUAAAGUAACCAUCUAUGGAAAGGGGGGGUUUCAAUUUGUCUUCAUGAAAAAACACAUCAACUCAAAUAAGUAUGACAAAAAUAAUAAAAUGAGCGUAAUCCUCAAAAUCAACAGUUUGGCACAUUUGCUCUCUCUGAAGGACGCAGAGCAGAUAAAGGUUCCUAUAAUUAUUAAGGGUAGCAACAGCAACUCCCUAAUCAUCGAUAAGCACAAGGAGAAGAAGGACCACAUAGUUAUACGAUACAAAUAUCAACCGUUUGCCAAUUCAGAUGGAAACAUGGCUGAUAUGAAUAACCUCGACAUGGAAGUUAACCAAAGUCCUCAGAUAAACAAUUUGAAUGAUGAGAAAAAAAACAAUUUUGAGGAACUUCAUGUCAGUUGUCCUUUUUCCGAAUUUCAGCUCUUUCAGAAGGCAGCAAAUUUGUUACUGCCGCAGUUGCUUGGCUGGGCCAGGCAUCACUGA